UAUCGAUUCAAAUACACGAGGAAAAAUGACUGCGAGCCUGAAUGAAUGUACAUAGUGAAGUUGUGAGUGGUAUCGAGAGUCAUCCGCAUUGUAAAUAGUAAUUAUUAGCCGUGUUUCCGACCCUUCAUUACUGUGAAAGGUUGCCGUCGUCGUUUCUGUUGAUAUUAUUUCAAUAAUAUCAUACACCCGCUCGAAAAUUACACUGAAAGUCGACUUACGCGGGACCGCUCUCUGCUGCUGCACCUUAUUUGCACCCGGGUUUUUGCGGCUCGAGGGUGUUUCCAGUGAAUGACCCUUUGAGUACCCUUUCAAAUUGAGAAUGAAGUGGCUAGGUGCUGAUCCCACAUCGGGUGGAAUUGAAAACUCAGCUACUGGAAUCUUGGGAAAUGGACACCAGACCUCACCAGAUAUGCUUCGAAAUCCUCAAGGGUUUGUUAUGGAGGCUCAAGGCAGGCCUCAGGUGAGGGGUUCUCAAGAUGACUCUUUCGUGGGAUAUGUUUUCCAACGAGCUCAAACCGAUCCCGAUUUCCCUCAUUACGCUGCCAACAAGCAGCCAGCACGUUGGGCACUUGGCGACGACACCUUUAUCGAUAAUCACCAUGUAAUCCAUGAUCGGUGGAAGGUUUCUCCGGGUAAAAUGCAACCGCAGAUGAUGCAGCAGAUGCAACUGGCAAGUGCUUAUGAAAUGCACCAAGCUGCAGUACUAAAGCAACACCAAGAGCAAAUGGUUUUCAUGAACACUGCUAUGGGGACACCACCUCCACACCCGUCGUUAGUCGGACAACCACACAACAGAAACGGACAGAUAGCUCAAUCGACGAAGAAGUUAUGGGGCAUGGACGAGCACCAGAAAGACGACAAAGGCGGAGGCACAGGUGGCAACAUUUUGCAGCACCUUGGCGACCACCACCAAGUCUGGAGGGACACCACCUGGAGUAAUGCUGGUGAGCUGAACCACGCCGUUUCUCAGCCGAUUUCGAUGGCACCAAGAAGAGCAGGCAGCUUUCCUGGACCCGACCCCUCAUCGAUAUUGUCCCCUAGAUCAGAGACUGGAGGUUUAGGUGUAAAAAUGGUGGAAUACGUUUUAGGCUCGUCGCCGACAAGCAAAGAACUGGAACCCAGAUUGAGAGUUCUUGGACUGAAUGGAUCAGACGUGAAAAAAGAACAAGGGGACAAAGCUCCCUCACCUUUUGAGGGAAACGCUCAUGCACAAAAGGACAACGAGGUGUCAGGGAUUUCGCAAAACGGACAGGCUUCAGGUGUACAAAACGGAAUGGAUGACGACAAAGGGUUCAACCGCACUCCUGGUAGCCGCCAACCAUCUCCAUCUGACGAGCAGUUGGCUGGAGCAGUAAAACAGGUCAAAAUUGAGGACCAGCAGCUGCAACCACAAACUAUUUCCAAUCACCCCAAUCAUCUACCUGCCAAUGUUGUAGUUGUGCCUGUACCUUCAAACCCUAAUGUUGUCCCCCAGAUGGCAAUGCACCAUGCUAUGCAUACCAUGCACCCACCUCCAAACAUGCAUCACCAUCAUAUGCAGUCAAUGGACGGUGCUCAAUUCGACCAUCAUGGUAUGAUGUCUGACCAAAACCAGAGCGUAAGCGUGCAACAGCAGCAGCAGCUGUUUUCGGACCCUAACAAUCCGAACCAGGGUGGAUAUGGAAUGAUCGCCCCUCCGCCACCCCAGCAGCAGUCCAUGGACUCACCUGGUGUGAUGCAAAACUUUGAUGUGCAGGCUGUGUUCCGCAAUCAACCUCAGACUGCGCCCCAACAGUUGCAACUGCUGCAACAGCAACAGUACAUCGCCUCCCAACAACAGCAACCGCAAAUAGCCGGACUCGCUGCACCUACCUUCAACGGGGCAACGUACUUGAUCAACCCUCAAGAGCAGUACGCCACAAUCAUUCCUGGUGCCACCGUGCUGCCCCAGUACUAUGGAGUCCCGUGGCCCGCUAUGUACCCCGCAAGCCUGCUCCAGCCGAACGCGGCAGCAGCCGUCGCAGCCCAGCAGCAGCAGCAGAACCCCCAACAGAGGAGACCUCUGACCCCCAGUUCUGCCAGCGAUGUCAGCAACAGCAACACUAACCUUUCCCAGGUGCCUGGUGGGUACCAGAUGAUUCCUGCCUACUAUCACGAAAAUGGCGGCAUUGUGAUGGGCAACAUGCGUGGCCUGGGCAACGCCACCCCAUUGAGACUUGUCAGUCCGGCGCCGGUUUUAGUGAAUCCCGCAUCAGCAGGAAACGGCGUAAGGUUGCUGAACAACCAGCCUCAGCCGAUUCAGACCCCUCCAGCCUCACUUUACUCAGCAUCGCAGCCACCGUCAUUGUAUUCGUCGACCUCUGGCAGUGGCACCCCCAUUGGAGGAUCGGCAGCAGCCUCUCUGACAGGGGUUGGUUUCAACACCCUUGGCUUAACCCAGCAGCAACAGCAGGCGCAGCAAACGCAACAGCAACAGACCAAUCAGCAGCAGCAGCAAAGUCAGCAGCAGCCUACGCUCUCUGCUGCUGUUGCUGCUUCGUAUGGGAAUAAUUCUCUGGGUACUAUUGGCUCUCCGGCUGUCUUGGGUUCCCUCAGCUCAGGAUUAGGUCUAGGAUCAAGCAGUACCGGUAGAAGAGACUCAUUCGACAGAAACACUUCCGCGUUCUCGCCGUCUCUCGAUUACGGCCGUGCAAAGUGGGGAUCGACCAAUUAUGGCGCCCUUGGAACCGUGACUGCCUCGCAAUCUCCUUUGGGUCUGACUGGUGGCUCGCUGACGCCGCCGCCCUCUCUCAGCCUGGGCAGCAGUGCCUUGGGGGCUAUCAUGAACUCGGGCCGCAUCCUCUCAGCAGCGCCCGGUGCGGAAGCGGCCAAGUUCCGCAGCAACCUCGGCCAGCUGCACAACGGAUACAGCAGCGUGAGCAACGGCCUGACCAGUGCUGGCUCCACAUCACCCAGCAGCCUCAGCCUCAGCUCGCAGUCUCUGUUCGCCAAGCUGGGCCAAGUGGCGGCCGGAGCCGCUGCCGUCUCCAACGGCUUGGAUGCAAAGGCACCUGGCAGGAGCCGUCUGCUUGAGGACUUCCGCAACAACCGCUUCCCCAACCUGAGCCUUCGGGACCUCUCGCAGCACAUCGUCGAGUUUUCGCAGGACCAGCACGGCUCGCGCUUUAUCCAGCAGAAGCUGGAGCGCGCCUCCACCGCCGACAAGCAGGCCGUCUUCAACGAAAUCCUUGUGCACGCGCACUCGCUUAUGACCGACGUGUUCGGCAACUACGUCAUCCAGAAGUUCUUCGAGUUUGGCACCCCGGAGCAGAAGCAGACACUCGCGCAGAAGCUCAAGGGUAACGUCCUGCCACUGGCACUGCAGAUGUAUGGAUGCAGAGUCAUCCAGAAGGCGUUGGAGACAAUCUCAGCAGAGCAGCAGCAUGAAAUCGUGGCCGAACUCGACGGCCAUGUGAUCAAGUGCGUCAAGGACCAGAACGGCAACCACGUCGUGCAGAAGUGCAUUGAGUGUGUCGACCCGCUUCACCUGCAGUUCAUCAUCUCUGCCUUCCAGUCUCAGGUGUGCAACCUGUCGACCCACCCAUAUGGCUGCAGAGUGAUUCAGCGCAUUCUGGAGCAUUGCACCCCAGAGCAGACGAUGCCAAUCUUGGACGAACUUCACAACAACACGGAGCAUCUGAUUCAGGAUCAGUACGGAAACUACGUGAUCCAGCACGUGCUUGAGCAUGGAAAUCCGGACGACAAAUCAAAACUCAUUAACGCUGUUCGCGGCAAGGUUUUGACGCUCUCCCAGCACAAGUUUGCUUCCAAUGUUGUGGAGAAGUGUGUGACUCACGCCAACCGCAUCGAGAGGAACUUCCUUAUAGAUGAAAUUUGCAGUUACGCUGAUAGCAAUGCUCUGCAAACCAUGAUGAAGGACCAAUACGCCAACUACGUGGUCCAGAAGAUGAUUGACGUUGCUGAACCGCAACAGCGCAAGAACCUGAUGCACAAGAUUCGUCCCCACCUGAGCUCCCUCCGCAAGUACACUUAUGGAAAACACAUCAUAGCAAAGCUCGAGAAGUACUUUGUCAAAAACACGACACCAGAUCUUGGACCCAUUGGACCACCCACCGUCAAUCCGGCAGCGCUCUGAACUCAGAGCUAACUGCAACCUCAUCAAUCAGGCUCGCUUUUUUAAAAGUCUUAUUUUUAAACCUUGACGAAUAAGAAUGGAACACUAUGACACACAUACACACCCACACGAACCACAGACAUUGAAUCGCUACCCUGCUGCAUUUCAAAUUGUGAUACGAGCCUCAGGUAUAUUUAGAGUCACAUCAUCUGUGGUGUUAAUCAAAAGAGACACUUAUGACUAGAGGACGAGAUAAAUUUUUCACUUCAUCGCUACACACAACACAGAACAACUUUUGCACGAUACUUUGGGAGAGCGCGAUGUGUGUUCUAGUAGAGAAAAAGGGAAAAAUUUGGUCCCCCGGAGGCGUCGAAUUGAGAAAAGAACCACUUUUCAAAAUUGAUUUCAAACACCGAUUCCAAGCAGGGUAACCAACUGAUGAUCGUAAAAUUUCGGAUCUUUGGUGACGGGCGCCACCCUGUUGCUGUUGGUUCGGGGUGGGCAGCCGUCGCACGAUUGUAGCGGGACCUUGUGCCCGGCUAAUCAAAAGGUAAUUUUGACUCGAAACCACCCUCACGAAAGCACCAACCACAACUUUCGUGUCUUCUGCGGUAGGUAGAUGUUACGCGGUUCUUGUGUCGGUGGUUAUUUAGCCGCUCGUAACUCUUAUCUUGUACUUGUUGCGUAGAUUUGGAGGAACAAUGAAUGACCAUUUCUUUUGCUUUCAACUUAUACAUUAUAAAUAUUCUCAUCUCUGUUGGGCACGAACAGGUGUACAUAUUUUCAAAGAAGACUAUUCAUUCGGUUGAGAAUUAUUUUUAUACUUUUUCGGUUCGCUGUCACUUUUGAUAGAAUCAAUUCAAGAUAUAUGCCACCACCGGUCAUGAAUGAAGCUCUCUCUUUCUCCUCUGAUUUUUCGAUAAAAAAAAACUACGACUUCUAUUUUGUAUUUUGCAUUUUUAAGCAAGAGAAAUUUUAAUAUUUUUACUGAUUGUAUGAUUUGCUAGAAAGUAGUGCGACGAUCGUGAGGAUUAUUUUAAAAGUAAGUGUAUGAAGUAGCGUUAAUCACGGGCAAAUUUGAUUAUAAAUGGUGGUGGGUAAUAUUUUGACUGCUACGUAUUAUUAUUAGUAAUGAUUAUUUUUUAAGUGCAUUCAAGUAGACACGCGAUCUAUCGUUAAUGUCAACUGUUUCUCGCGUAGGUUCCAUUGAUUGCGUAUCACCUGAAUUUGGCAAAGAUGGCAUUGAUUUAGCAAGCAAACACUCAAAGCUCAAACUCGUAUUCUAACCGCAAAAGAAUCCGCUCGAGCUCCCAUUUCCCUCGUUCAGCGCUGAUGAAUUAAUAAUUAAUUGAGACGACACUCGCCCCUAUUUGCAUUUUUAUAAAAACCACUAUAGGAGUAUAAAUAUUGGAAAAUUGUAUGAUACAUGUUGUAAAAUCAUUGUGAAUAGAGCAGACGUGAAAGCUUAAAAUCUGCAUCCCUCAGUGAAACAAACGCCCCCCAGCUAUAAAUAAUGUUUGUAAUGAAAGUACACAUAUUUUAUUAUACGAAAGUGGAAGUUUUUAAAUUCCGCCUCUAUACACAGAAAAGUUUUAUAAAGCCACUUUGUACGAAUCAAAAGCCAUGUUAUGAAGUGCAUAAUAUUUAAUACUUCCUGUACAGAUUUUAAUUAUCUCCCUCCCGCCCCGCGCCCGCAUCCAGACCCUUAAUUUUUAUAUAAAUAUGAACAAAAAGUUGUACAUUUUUUUGACGAAAAGACUUGAAAUGCAUUAAUUAACAACUACUAUCGAAACCUGUGGUGGAGAGACAAGUGAUUGUACAUAAAAGAGGAAUCCGAGAAAACAACUGCAGCAAACGAAUGUGAUAUUACUGCAUUGGCGUUCGAAUGAAACAAACGGGGGCUCGAGUUGGGAAACUAUUUUAUCGUCAAAUCAAUGAAACAAAUAAACUCAAACCGGUAAAAAUUACAAACUAACGAAAUCUUUGCCAUCUGCGUGUACGUAUGAUUAAGGAAUAACGGAAAGAAAGAUAGGCUAAUGCUUAAUUUACUCUUAAUGGUAGGUGUAAUUUUUCACAAGUAUAAUCACUCGAUGAUCAGUGUUUUCUACCAUAGCAAACUGUCAUGACUUCCGCACGCUAAUGCUACACUAAGAAAUAUUCACAGAUCAACCCCAGCCACACAAACACGCAAAUACGAUUAUUCUCACACAGCUGCCCGGUUAAAUAUAAAUAUAUUAUAUAUUCUCCUUUCUCAGAGCGCAGAAUUAUUGGUGAACUGUAAAAAUUGAGUCUACGUUGAGAGGGGAGUUUUGCCUGAUGAGGAAAAAGAGGUGUAAAAAAAAUAUAACUUGAAGAGCUUUCUGAAAAAAAGAUAAACCACUUAAUAUUAGGAUAUCUUUCAUCUGUGACCGUUUAAUGAGUAUAAAGAAAAUUGAAUGUUGUAAUUACUAUAAAUGAUUAUGUCUCUGUGUAAUUUCUGUUAAGUAACAAUUAUUGAAUAUUGGAUCACGUGAUCUCAAGGGGUUAAUCGUGCGAACGUCUGCGGCGUCGUCGCCGCCACACGGCCGGCCGGCCGGCAGUCCCAUGCAACAAAAUUCAAGACCCCAGAAUGCCCGCCCAAGCGAAUCAUUGUAAUAUUCCAUUCUCAUUGACCUUUGUACUGAGAUUUUUGUAAAUAUAGCGAGUCGUUGAGCAGCAGCAGCAGCAGCAACAUUAGCGCUGGCCGGCUUGGGCGGCGUUCGCUGCAGACCGAGCAGAUUGACAAAGAGCAAAAGCCGCAGCCCCUUCAUGCAAACCAACUCUCUGCCCUUCACUGUAAUUUUUUGUUCAAACGUUCUUCCUCAUCAAAUAAUGUAUUCUUGAUUCUCUUAAACCUGUGUACAUAAUGCGAGCGAAUUUUAUCAUUAAUCUAUCCGAGGCCUUUCAGUUAAUCAGGAAGUGUUAGGUCCGCAAAAAAUGAUGGUUCCCGACUAUCUAUACAUGCAUGAUUAAUUUUAGUUAUCACUUCUGAGUGAUCUUAUCAAUAUAUCAUAGAUAUUUAGCUAUCUGACGAUUUGUAUGUUUUGUAGUGUGGUAAAUUAUUAUUGAUUUACAUUAUAGCCCGUAUGUAACUAUAAAUAUAUAAAAUAACACACGCAAUGUGACACUUUUGUACUUUGAUUUUAAAAAUGAGUUGUUUCGCCUUUUGUUUCACCAGUUACGUCGACAGCCAUUAUAUCAAAAUUUGAAUGGAAAAGGAUCCUUUACAAGAAAUUCGUCUUUUAACUCUCUCGCGUGCGAGCGCGACCCAAAGUUUGGCUUACGAAAGAGCGAGGAAGUACAGCUUGAAAGAAAUCGAUAUUUUUUGAACGGCGCCAACGCCGCUGCUUUUUGUAAAUACACACAUUUGAGAAGGAAACACUGAAAUUGUGAGAUGGAAUUUUAACUCCUACGCGCCACGUGUUUUGCAAGUGCAUUCGGCAAUUACACAGACAUAAUUACAUGCAUUCAAGGAGCGACGAACGGAUCCUCCCGGCACGGAUCCCUCAUAAACGUCACACUCGCCCACAUUUAAAUAUAUUCAUAACCAGUGUAAGAUACAAAUUUUGUGAAUGGAAAGCGCCCUUUAAAUAAAACAAGCUGCAUUAUCAAGUAGGCAUAAACUUACACAACCCACUGUCUCUAUUUGGAUCUUGUAGAAAGGAUUUAUUAAUUAAUCAUUCAACACCUGAGAGUCAUGUAUAUGGUGUACAAAGUGUAACAACUUGGAAAACAUAUAAAAAUAUGUAUGAACAAAAGUAAUAAAUCGAAAACCAGAAACAAA